GCGCCCCUCCACUAGGGCCCAGAACACAGGCAUGAAUCAGAGCCAGGUCACUCGGGAUCCAGCACACUCCGCUCUGCCGUGAGGCGUGAGGAAGGUCGCGCCGUCAAGCUCCGCCUGCCUCCAGCGGAGAGACUUCGCCAUUGGCUGACAGAUUAUGCAUAUGAGGCGAACAGAUUCCAUCCUUGCUGCGGCUUUGGGGCGGAAGAGUGGGGUGGAGAGUGCGGGCAAGAGUCAGAACUAGUGGAGGAUCCUGGGAGCUAGGGGCGGGGCCAGGAGAAGUCCCGCGGUGUAUUGACCUAUGGGCGGGGCCGGGGCGCUGGGCGGUGACCUUCAGGAGGGACUGGGAGGAGCCUGAGAGAAGGGCGGGGCAAGACUAGAGGCGUUAUUGGGAACUAAGAAAGAUCGAGAGCGUAGAGCCUGGCAGAGGCUAAGGGCGUGGCCAGGACGUAUUGUGGUUCUCUUGGGGUGGGACCUCGGGAGUGUGCGGCAGAGGGCCGAGCGCGCAGUCGCGUUAGGGCUGAGGGCAGGCCUAGGGAGGCCUGUCCUGAACUCAGUGCGGCCAUCUUGCGGCGAAGCCUAGGGAGGCACAGGCUGGGGGCCCAGACUGGAGCGGAGACCUAGGGCUUGCGACGCCACGAUGAGCACCGUAGACCUUGCCCGUGUGGGCGCGUGUGUCUUGAAGCAUGCAGUGACGGGUGAGGCUGUGGAGCUGCGGAGCCUAUGGCAGGAGCGGGCGUGCGUGGUGGCCGGGCUGCGGCGCUUCGGCUGCAUGGUGUGUCGCUGGAUCGCCCAAGACCUUAGUAGCCUCAAAGGUCUCCUGGACCAGCAUGGCGUGCGCCUGGUGGGCGUGGGGCCAGAGGUCCUGGGCCUGCAGGAAUUCCUGGACGGCGGCUACUUCUCCGGAGAGCUGUACCUGGAUGAGAGCAAGCAGUUCUAUAAGGAGCUGGGCUUCAAACGGUACAACAGCUUGAGCAUCCUGCCAGCCGCCAUUGGGAAGCCGGUGCGUGAUGUGGCUGCCAAGGCCAAGGCUGUUGGCAUUCAGGGGAACCUAUCUGGGGACCUGCUGCAGAGUGGAGGGCUGCUGGUGGUCAGCAAAGGGGGUGACAGAGUACUGCUGCACUUUAUCCAGAAGUCCCCAGGUGACUAUGUCCCCCAGGAGAGCAUCCUGCAGGCCCUGGGCAUCUCUGCAGAGGUCUCAACCAGCAAGCCACCCCAGUGCGACGAGGUGUGUGCACGGUGAAGGUCCCAGGCCUCCAUGGAUCUGCAUGGUGUCUGCUGCUCUGUUUGUACUGGAAGACGGACUCAGUGAAUCAUUUCGGAGUCACUGGGCUGGUGCCCUCAACUUUAGCUGGUCCUUGGGCAACAAUGAGCCAAUAAAAAUCAAAGUUCCUGGGCA